UGCUCCUUUGUGCUCAAAGUCAUCGCCAUCGCCUGGAUUACUUCGCGAAAGCGCCGUGCUCUCUCGCUCUCCAGGGAGAGGAGAAGGUAGAGGGAGGGGAUAGGAGAGAGGAGAAGGGAGAGGAGGGAUAGCGUCCCUCGGUGUCACGAUGAGCCAGCUCGCGAGCAAGUUGCGCACACUGGCGCAGAGACGAGAGCUCUCCCGAGCCCCGAGUCCCAUCGGCACGUCGGAGACCCCGGGCAGACCCCCGCUCGCCGCCCCCUCCGCUCCGAGCCCGGGGGGUGACCCCGAACAGCAGGGAGAGGCGGGCGGUGGCGUGAAGCGUUUCGAGGUCCUCUAUGUGGGGCGCCUCGCAGUGGGGGGCAAAUUGGGCCCCCCCUCGCUUGUCGACGACAGCAUCACGGCGCUGCACUGGCGCUACGGCGCUGAAGGGGACAGCUCCCCGGAGGAGCCCUGCGAGCCCGGUCGAGACCCCUUCGAAGCCGACCCCCCCGACCCCGCGGGGAGCCCGGGCGGGCCCCGUGGCGGGCAGAGUGCGGGGUCCAGGAGGAGCAAGCUGGACAUGCAGAGGGACCGCACGAUGCUAUUCCAGGUGGGUGAGGCGUACGUCACUCUGGUGAGUCCCGACUGCAAGGGCGUGGUGCUGGAGAGGUCUUUCCAAGACAUCUCCUACUGCUCGCGGGGCCUCUCCAGGACCGACCACUUCGGCUUCAUCUGCAGGGAGGCGGCCGACUCGGGGCCCGCCAGCACGCACAUCUGCUACGUGUUCCAGUGUACGGACACGUCACUGGUGGAUGAGAUCAUGAUGACGCUGCGGCAGGCCUUCCAAUCUGCGGCCGCCACCAAGGUCGCCCGUCGCAGGCCUGGGCCGGAGACGCGGGCAACCACAUCCACCCGGCCAGCGCACGGUGCGGCACAGGCCGGGAGCCACCCCUACAUGCCUGGAGCCGGUGUCCACGCGAGGAGGGACGACGCUGGUGGGGGGCGAGGCGGGGAGGGCGACGCACGCACGGUGACGUCCGCGCGUCUACGUGCACAGGAGCCCACGCGGAGCCACAUAAUCUCGGCCCAGCAGCAGCAGCAGCAAGAGCAGCAGCAUCAUCAGAGCUCAGGCGGUUUAGGCAAACUGGAAUUCCUGAAGAGCAAGGCCUCCAAGGGUCUCGCCACCUCUCUGGAGAACAUCUUCUCAGCGCUGGGAGGCGCCAAGCCCAGGAGUGGCUCUGGGAGCGACAGCCUCAGGUCCCGGAGUAACACCUUCACCUCCGACUCCUCCAGGGAGUCGACAUCUCCCCCACCCUCCCCCCCUCCACUGCGGCCCCCCCCCACGGGGACCCAAGCCGGCGGAGGGCUGCGUGCCCCCCACGCCCUCUCCACCUCCUCCAACGACCAGGACAGCAGCGACUCCGACACCCCGGAACUGGUGACCCCCAAAUACCGGCGGGGGGGUCCGGAGGCGACUGCGGUCGGGGAGGGGCUAUCCCGAGGCCGGGACCCCCGUCCCGGGGUCCCACAGGGGUCUGGAGAGGGGGCCUCCUGGAGGAGACCCCCACGUGUGCCGCGGCAUCCCACGGUGACCCCAGAAGCCAUGGCGGCGCGCAGACGAAGCAGUGAGGUUGUUGCGGAGCCGCGGAGUGGGGGGGCGCGCCCCCCGCUGGUGCGCCGCCUCUCGUGGAGGCAGCAAAUCUUCCUGCGCGCCUCCGAGCUCGACACGAGCUCCUUCACGCGCCCAGAUUCUCUGGACAGCUGCCCGCCGGACGUGCCGGUGCUGUCCCCCACGGCGGAGGAGGGGGAGGGGGGGGAGGAAGAGGGGGGAGCGGCGCAGCGCCGCUGGCACCGCCACGCGGUGAGGACGCGGUGGCGCAAGGCGAUCCAGGAGCAGAUCCUGCUGCUCAGGAUGGACCGCGAGAACCGGAGACUCCAGGCCCACCACGACGACCUGAACACGAAGCGCGUGAAGCUGGACUACGAGGAGGUGACGCCCUGCCUCAGGGAGGUGACGGCGCUCUGGGAGCACUGGCUCGCCGCUCCCGACCGCGCCCACGCGCUCCGCAGCCACGAGCAGCUCAGCGCCGCCGUGUGCCGCGGCGUGCCGCGCGCCCGGCGUGGUGAGAUCUGGCAGUUCCUCGCUGAGCAGCACCGGCUCCGGCACCCGCAGCGGAGUCAGCACGAGGGGGGGCAGCAGCAACUGGCGGACGUCCCCUACCACACGCUGCUCAAACAGCUGACGGCACAGCAGCACGCCAUCCUCAUAGACCUGGGCCGCACGUUCCCCGCCCACCCGUACUUCUCGGCGCAGCUGGGCUCGGGCCAGCUGGCGCUCUACAACCUGCUCAAGGCCUACUCGCUGCUGGACCCCGAGGUGGGCUACUGCCAGGGCCUGAGCUUCGUGGCCGGCGUGCUGCUGCUGCACCUCGACGAGCGCGACGCCUUCGCCCUCCUCAAGUUCCUCAUGGGCCACAUGGGCCUGCGCCGCCAGUACCAGCCCGACAUGACCACGCUGCAGAUCCAGAUGUACCAGCUGUCGCGGCUGCUGCACGACCACCACCGGGAGCUGCACGCCCACAUGGAGGAGGCGGAGAUUGGGCCCAGCCUCUACGCACCGCCCUGGUUCCUCACGCUCUUCGCGUCGCAGUUCCCCCUCGGAUUCGUCGCCCGCGUGUUCGACCUGGUGUUCCUGCAGGGCCCCGAGGUGGUGUUCAAGGUGGCGCUGGCGCUGCUGGGCUCGCACGACGCGCUGCUCAUGCAGACGUGCGACAGCUUCGAGAGCAUCGUGGAGUUCCUCAAGAGCACGCUGCCCAACCUCGGCCUCGUGCAGAUGGAGAAGACCAUCAACCAGGUGCUGAGUCUGGACCUGACGCAGCAGCUGCAGGCGUUCGAGGUGGAGUACCGCGUGCUGCGCGACGAGAUGCACGCGGGCUCCACGCCGCCCCCCCAGCCCUCCAGGACCCCCCGCGGGGGGAGCGCCGGCGAUCAAAACCACGACGACGAUCACGACGAUCACGACGACGAGGACGAGGCGAGGAGCGGGACGAGCGGAGCGACGCGCUCCGCGGCACUGGAGAGGGAGAACGCGGCGCUCCGCCAGGAGAACGCCGGACUCCGCGCGGAGCUGCAGGCGUUCGUGGACCGCGUGCGGAGCCUGGAGGCGAGCGUCGAGAGCCUGGCGAGCGCCGAGUGCAAGCUGCGGCAGAGCGCGCGCGCCGCCGACAUCGAGCGCUCCGCCCUCCUCGCCACCGUGGAGGCCCUGCGACUGCGAGGCGCGGCGGCCGACCCCCCACUAUGAAAGGGCCCCCCCCCCCGCUCGCUGCUCUGAGCAUGCCCCCCCCCCUCACCGACUAUGAGAACGUCUCUGGCACCGCCAGCAUGACACCGCCUCUGCGGGAUGCGGGGAGGACGAUGAUUGCGAGUCACGUGGGGUAGAGAGCUGGGGGGAGCUGAGCCCCCCCCCCCCCCCACUCCACUACGCUCACCCCAGACGCCCUGCGAUAAAAGACUUCAGCUCCCACGGAGAUCACACGUUUGGAGGGGGGCGCAUGAGCGGCGAUUUUAUUCUGGUGGUCGGGGGGGGGGCUUGUAUUGGGGGGCCAUGCCCCACCUACUGUACAGCAGCGUUGUCCAUCUGUUGUGCCCCGCCGAGCUGGGGAGCAGCUCGGAGUUGAGAGGUCACCACCGGCACUCUGGACGGCGCCGGUGGUGAUGCCACCAACAAACAUCGUCAUCGCUCCCUUCCCUCUGGCAGACCCCGGCAGCUGUUUUCACAGUCAACACCUCUGUGGCGGAUCCAAUUUUAAGUUCAUUGAUAUUUACCACGGAAAAGAUAUCGACUUGUAUUUUUAAUGUAAGGGCUUGUUUAAAAAGCUUGACAUAUCGGGAUGUGCCCCCUCCCGUGCCCCCCUCCCCGCUCCCUUGGGAAGUUUCUGAUCUGCCUCUGUGCCACCUCGUGACUGCGUGCCCCAAGUCCCAUCACACCCAUGACGUUACCUCCACUGACGGUGUGGGCGAGUGCCGCCCUUCCCCCUCACCACGUGGAAUCGGUGCCCCCCCCCCCCCCCCCCCCCGUGCCCGAGAAUCAACUUCAGGGGCAGCGCCGGUGGCCCCGUUGAUACGAAAGUGGCUGUGAGUGGACGAAAGCCAAAAACCAGCCCCCCCCCCCCCCUUGCCCUUGUAAAGUCCCAAAUAGUCCAUGACCCCAGGCCAGAUAUUUCGUUCAACGGUACCAUCCGAGGUUGGCGUAACUUUAUCGAUUCCAAUCAAAAUUUGCGGCCAAUUAAGAGUGAAUUACUUGAUAAAUGUGUGCGGCUCUGGAGUGUUGCUACCCUCGCUUCUACAGAGUUCUGCUCGGGCCUUCGGACUUGAGAAGGCCCAGAGGGGCCCAAAAACAUCAAGGUGGGGGGGAGAGCGAGGAGCGGAUUCCGUGCGGCCAAAGUAGCGGUGCAGUGUUACGAGUUGGCGUCAUUGUGACGGUGAUGAUGAUGGUGCUGCUGCUGUCCCCUAGCGGCCCAACUGGGCAUCACAACAUUUACACGGGUUCCCCGUGUAAAUGUUAAACUCGCGUGUUAUUUUAUAUAUUAUAUAUUAACGUUGAAACCACGUGAGCUUGCCAAACUCGCCUUUUUUUAACGCGAAAGAAAAAUCCGUAGCAAAUAAAGCCAGUUUACCGCAACACUUUUGUCCCAAUUGUUGAACAGCGACAAUGUUUUGUAUACGUUCAGUCAAUUCACCAUGCGUGAGUGGGGAGCAUUAUAGGUAAAAUCGAAUGACAGAAGCAGGGUUAUCUUCCCGCUCUCUCCACGUGUAAAUACGUGUUUCGGUCCCAUUGGUGAAGCAACAUGUACACUUUUAACAAUUGCUUUCCAGACCAAUCUUAUCCAGACCAAUGUUAUGCGGUAGAACACUGUUGGAGCUGAAUGGGUUUGAUCAAAGUGCGUCUCAGUCGAUUCAGGUCUGCUCUUGAAGUAGAAACGCCACUUGCUGCUGUUAUACUCCAGAUGCAGCUGCGUGUACACGUGGGCGACCCUGCACGAUGCACAUGCAGCACGGUGCUGAAUAGAACCUCGACAAACAACACGGCAGACGUGUAUCACCCUCCUGGAGUUCAGGUGUAAGUUGCAAACACGUUGUGAAACUCCCACGCGUGUGAUUGUCCAUCUUGGCGCACUGUGUUUGGGGCGAUCGUGACGGGGAGGAGGACGACCAGGGGAGGUGUUGGUUCGAGCGCCACGAGUGUUGUGGAGAUUGGUUGCGCAAGGGUUUCGUUCGGUCGACACGGAGCCCAUCACGGGGAUGAGUGGGGGGGGGGGGGGUGAAAUGGAUGUGCAGUGUUUUUGAGAGGUCACGAUUUGCCCUCCGCCUUUGGCGAUUCGAUGAAUUAUCGCGAUGAAUAAUCGUACCUCGAUGCGAGAAUCGAAUUUUUUUUUUUAUUUUUUUUUUAUUUUGGCGGCGAGUGGCUGCAAUGGGUCAUGUGAACGCACAAUUACUCGUCGAUGAAUCGAUGCGCUAUCGUCACGCCUGCCAGUCGUUUUGACUCGAGCUCAUUUUAACAAAAAGCACCCCAUGCCCUCUCUCCAUCUACUUUUCGAGGGCAAUACAAAUACAGCGCCGUGCCUCCGUGCUUGUGUCUACGCGUUAAAAAAAAACGAUGUAAGUUUAUUUUAUGGCAUCGGCCACACGAGCAGUGCAUGGUCACGGCAGCAUUGGUUCGAUGCAAGCAAAUGUUGUACCGGUUUCAACCACGCAUCGUCUCAUCAGCAGUGCGCCUACAGCGUCAAUGCUGCUGAACUCACAACACGCGCUUUCUGUCUGUAACGCGAUGGGAUUGAGGCUAAACCGUCGCCAUCCAUCAAGUAAUUUAAUUUCACCCUGAACCGUUUUUUAAAUAGAAGCCUCGCGAUAAUGAUUUUCACGUGGAGAGGAAAAAAAAGUGAUACUUUUUACUUAAAAAAUAUAUAUUUUUAAUGAAAACCAAAGCGAUGAUGGGGCGGGGGGGGGGGGUAGCUUCUCCCCCCCCCCCCGGUCCCCGAACACCUCUUCUCUGAACGCGCACACAACGAUCCCAUGACUCAGAGCCGUCCAUCGGGUACGGCGAAUCGGAGCGACCGCCCCGGGCCCCGCGUUUCGGGGUGGGGGGCGGGUUGGGGUGUUUCGAUGUCACGGCGUCCGACGUAAUAUUUCCGGUUUAGUUUGAAGGCGUCGGAGGGCCCACGCGGUGGGGUUUACCCCGUGCCCCGCACCCCCCCCCCCCCCCUAUGGACGGUCCUGCUGUGAAUAUCAACAACAAUAAUUAUACUGUGCUUCCAAUAAAACGUGCUUCCAAA